AAGAUAGGUUCACCUUAUCGUGGUCACAUGGCAGGGUCGUGUUUAGGAUAGGUCACUAACAGCACCCGUUGUUCGUUGUUCUUGUUGCCACUUCUUUUGGACGUCAAUCGGGAUGAUUUGCCUUCUUGUGCUGGCUUUCGCUUACGGUGCACUAAGCGCCCCAUCAACUGCGCCGGACUUGGCGACAACUUUCAAGCAAGCCUUCAGCAGAAUCGAUAGUGAUGGAAGCGGCACUGCUGAUGUUUCAGAAUUUCUGAAUGUUUUUGACCAUUAUGACCUCAACCAUGAUGGCAAGAUGACAUUGGCCGAGUAUAUGAGUGUUAAUAAGGUACCAAAAUACAUUGCUCAAGCGGUUUUCAAGCCUGUUGACGCCGACCACGACGAUGUCCUCCAGAGGACCGAAGUAAACAACGUCGUCGCCGCGUUCGACACCGACGGUGAUGGCGUCGUCAGUCUCGCGGAAUUCGUCAAUAAGUACCAGCAGAUUUUCGCCUCGCUACCAAACCCUCCUGUUGGUAAAUAAAAACUAUGAGCAA